AUCGUCAUUCCAUUUGUUGUUGAGUUAGGGCGCCAACGAGGACCCACACGAGCAGAUUCUAUAAAAAAUCGAGUUCACACAUAACACAAAGUUCGAUUUCCAUUCGAUUGUUGGCCGCAAGAACUCACUUAACUAACUGCCAAAAUGUGUGACGAUGAUGCGGGUGCCUUGGUUAUUGACAACGGGUCUGGUAUGUGCAAGGCUGGCUUCGCCGGUGAUGAUGCGCCCCGUGCCGUAUUCCCUUCGAUUGUUGGCCGGCCACGCCACCAGGGUGUGAUGGUGGGUAUGGGUCAGAAAGAUUCCUAUGUGGGCGAUGAGGCGCAGAGCAAACGAGGUAUACUCACAUUGAAAUAUCCCAUUGAGCAUGGCAUCAUCACAAAUUGGGAUGAUAUGGAGAAAAUCUGGCAUCAUACGUUCUACAAUGAAUUGCGUGUGGCACCUGAAGAGCAUCCAGUAUUAUUGACCGAAGCGCCCCUCAAUCCCAAAGCCAAUCGUGAAAAGAUGACUCAAAUCAUGUUUGAGACAUUCAACUCGCCCGCCAUGUAUGUGGCCAUUCAGGCUGUGCUCUCCCUGUAUGCUUCCGGUCGUACCACCGGUAUUGUUUUGGACUCUGGUGAUGGCGUUUCGCACACAGUACCCAUCUAUGAAGGUUUUGCCUUGCCGCAUGCUAUUCUGCGUCUUGACUUGGCCGGUCGCGAUUUGACCGACUAUUUGAUGAAGAUCCUCACCGAGCGCGGUUACUCAUUCACCACCACUGCCGAGCGUGAAAUCGUGAGGGAUAUUAAGGAGAAAUUGUGCUAUGUUGCUUUGGACUUUGAGCAGGAAAUGGCUACUGCCGCUGCAUCCACCUCUUUGGAGAAGUCGUAUGAAUUGCCUGAUGGUCAAGUGAUCACCAUUGGUAAUGAGCGUUUCCGUUGUCCAGAGGCGCUGUUCCAGCCCUCAUUCUUGGGCAUGGAAUCGUGUGGCAUUCAUGAGACUGUCUACAAUUCGAUCAUGAAGUGCGAUGUCGAUAUCCGUAAGGAUCUGUAUGCCAACUCGGUGUUGUCUGGCGGUACCACCAUGUAUCCAGGUAUUGCUGAUCGUAUGCAAAAGGAAAUCACUGCCCUCGCACCAUCUACCAUCAAGAUUAAGAUCAUUGCACCACCUGAGAGAAAAUACUCCGUCUGGAUUGGUGGUUCCAUCUUGGCUUCUUUGUCCACUUUCCAGCAGAUGUGGAUCUCCAAGCAGGAAUAUGAUGAAUCCGGACCUGGCAUUGUGCACCGCAAAUGCUUCUAAAUCUUUCGAUCAUGAAAGAUUGCUGAAUGCUUUAGCGCAAGAACACUCACACAAAACUAGAAUUAACAGCAAUAACAAAAACAACAUACCCACGUUUAGAYACUUCGACUGCCAGCAAGACAUCGUGCUGAAGGCGAAUGUAAUGACCAAAACUAAAUUCAUGGCGCAAUCAAGAGCUUCAAUUACAACAACACAAAAGGCAUUAGUAACUACAAGAACCAAAAAAACGCUACAGUUACAUAGGGAAAGCAACAACAGUAAAUUUAAGCAAAUCAAUAAGCACACAACGAAUGCUCAAAUUAAUGGCGCCAAAAAUAGUGACAUUAAACAUCAAAACAAGAAGAAGAGCA